AUGGAGCAACCACCACCUGACGGUCGCACGCGCCAUGGUUCCCAUGGCUACGAGGUCACGCAAGCUCGUGGAUCUCAGGUUGUGUCGCGCUCACCCAGUGGUCGCAACUCACCGUCGACACCGCCGAAGCGAGUGAAACUCUCGAACCGGUUCAAGCGCCUCCUGGCCACGGCAACCACCCUGCCGGUGCUCGCGCUAAUCCUCAUGGUGUGCACCACCUUCUCACCUCAGUGGGAGCGCGUUGAGUUCGCUUUCGACAAGGUCGUGCGAUUUGCGUGCUCGACACCAGCCAGCCAAUCACGCACCUGGUCGUUGGCUUACCUCAUCCUGGAAACCGGAAGCAGGAUACCCUUCGACAAGAACGAGGUCCAUGCAUGCCGCGAGGCCUGUGGGCGCCUCUUCAAUAGGACCCAAGCCGGGGAGGCGCAGAAAUCCGUUGUUGGUGCUGGACUCCUCAAACUGAGUACCAAUGCCAACACCACUUCCAACACCACAACUCUGAUUGAGGUGUACAACAUGCUGGCAGGUGUCUUCCAAGUUUGCUAUAAAACACAAGUGCCAAUGGAACGUGGACUGAUGGCCAUCAUCAAGGCGCCUCUUCGCACAAGCGCGUCCUGCUUCAACUACAUUCUUAACGGACCACGCUGGAAGGGUUCCGGUUGCCGACUGAUGAUGUUAAUUGUGCAGUCGAGCGAUGCUGCCUCAGGGGAGACAGCUGCGGCGCCACCAUGCUCCCCGCCCCCUCUUUUGGUGUCCGUCACGCUGGCAGUGGGAUUGUAG